CGGAACGUUCGGCUCGGCUCACCGCACGGCUGCACACCACGGCACAGGCUUGCACGGCUCGGCACUGCACGGCACAGCCAGACAACAUGCCAGUGUCAAGAAUGCGCAUGAGGCCCUGGUUGGAAAUGCAGAUUAAUUCCAAUCAAAUACCAGGACUGAUAUGGAUUAACAAGGAUAAGAUGAUGUUUCAAAUCCCAUGGAAACAUGCAGCUAAGCAUGGCUGGGACAUGGAGAAAGACGCCUGCCUUUUCCGGAGCUGGGCCAUUCAUACAGGAAGAUAUAAAGUAGGUGAGAAAGACCCUGAUCCGAAAACCUGGAAGGCGAACUUCCGCUGUGCUAUGAAUUCACUGCCUGACAUCGAAGAAGUGAAGGAUAAAAGCAUCAACAAAGGCUCCAGUGCUGUCAGGGUUUACAGGAUGCUGCCGCCCUUGACAAAGGAUCAGAAGAAAGAAAGGAAGUCAAAGUCUUCAAGAGAAGCAAGAAACAGGAGCAAGAGAAAGUUGUAUGAAGACAUGAGGACGGAGGAGUCAGCAGAAAGACUAACCAACACUCCUCUGCCAGAUGACCACAGUAGCUACACCGUUCAUGACUACGCGGGGCAGGAAGUGGAGGUUGAGAGCACGUCCAUCACCUUAGACCUCUCCCCCUGCGAGGUGAGCGGCUCGCUGACCGACUGGAGGCCGCCGAUGGAAAUCACCAUGGCUGACAGCACCAAUGACCUCUACCAGCUCCAGGUGUCUCCCCUGGCUUCAUCCUCAGAAGUCACAGACGAAGAUGAAGAGGAAAUGAAUUCGGAGAUUUUUAAGCUGCUUGAACCAGCCCAAGACUGGCACACCACCAGCGUUGGGGGGAAAGGGUUUCUCACCAACGAGCCAGGCACGCAGACCAUGUGCAGCACUUACAGCUACAAGGAGCAGGAUGGGGAGAUCGACACGACUUCAGGAGAGCUGGAGUUCAGGUUCUUUGACCAGAAAAGCAGCCUAGACUUCUCCUGGCUGGAGACAGUGAGACCUACCAUGCAAGUCAUUCCCUGCGGCUUGUAAACCCCUGGCUUCCUCUGACCAUGAACUGCUCUUGGGUAGAAACUUUGGCAAGCCUGAAGAGAAUGGAAGAAAUCUUUUGUUACUGACUCAAUGAAGAAAGUAGCUUUUAUAUUCCGUUUAACUUUUAAGCCUGAAAAGGUUAGCAAGAAAAACUCCAUUAUAAAUAAAAAAAGAAAGAGACUCCCAUCUCACUAGCAGGACUCCUGGCACCGAAGAUGCUCAGCCGCAGUACGCACCUUGUCAUCGCUUCGGAGGUGAAGCUUUUGCUGGAAGGUUGCCGACGUGCCAUGGGGUCUGACCGGGCAGGGUACCACUGAAUGGCGUUGCGUGCCGGCGGCCCGGCGAGGAGGCUACCGUCCUCCCCGCGUGAGACGUGAUGAGCACUUUACCCACGGAGUGCUUGGGAGAGACACUGCAAAUGAGUCUCUUAACUAUUAGUUUUGGUUGCUGCUUACCUGUGCAACACUGGUGAUACUGAGCUUAAUGACAGUCAUUACACUUUUAGUCAGAAAAAUUGCACUAAUUGGCCCCUCUCUUCUUUGAUUUGCUCCAUCACAUAGUUCAUCUUUCAGAUCUUUCAACUUUAAACUGUGUAAAUAGUUUAGACCAAUAAAAUGUGAAAAUUCAGUUUAGGCUUUGCUUCCACAUAGUACAGUUACCCAGGUCCACUCAUAGGAUGUUAUCUGCUCGUAGGCAUGCCAUAUCUAUUUCCAUAUAAUAGUUGAAGAGCUGCCGCAUGACACAAUUUUUGCACUGAUAGGGGCAGAGCUCUUUAUUUAUACCAUGCCUUUCCAAGAUCUCUUCUAGCACUCUGCCAGGAUACCUACAGUACUGUAUGCAGCCAGCUGUAACGCCCUGCAGACCCACCCUGGGCCAGCGUGUGCAGGAGAGUGCAGGAUGGAAGAGGUUCUAGUUUGUGUAAUACGUAGGAAUCAAAUCACUAAGCUGUAAUAGACUAUUUUCUUGUACAUUUUAUUUUUGUAUAUAACAUGUUGUAUAUUUGUCUUAAUAAAAAUGUUUUAUAUAUGA